GGUCCCGCCCCCUCCAGCUACACGCCGCGGUUGCGAACCACACCACCGGAGCUGCUCGCCUGAGCUUCGGCGUCCGCGGAGAUGAAACCAGAGCCGCGGACGCUGCCGCCGUCCCCUAACUGGUACUGCGCGCGCUGCAGCGACGCGGCGCCUGGAGGCAUCUUUGGCUUCGCUGCGCGGACCUCCGUCUUCCUCGUCCGCGUGGGCCCGGGCGCCGGCGCGAGCCCAGGGGCGCCCCCGUUUCGAGUUGUAGGAGAGUUGGUGGGACACACUGAGAGAGUAUCUGGCUUCACUUUUUCUCAUCACCCUGGACAAUACAACCUCUGUGCCACCAGCUCAGAUGAUGGGACUGUGAAAAUCUGGAAUGUAGAGACCAAGGCAGUGGUGACAGAGCACUCACUCCAUCAGCACACAAUAUCAGCUCUUCAUUGGUCUCCGACGGUUAAGGACUUGAUAGUCUCUGGGGAUGAAAAAGGAGUUGUUUUCUGUUACUGGCUUAACAGAAAUGACAGCCAGCACAUCUUCACGGAACCCAGGACCAUUUUCUGUCUUACUUGUUCGCCUCAUCAUGAAGAUUUAGUAGCCAUUGGCUACAAGGAUGGUAUAGUGAUUAUCAUUGAUAUCAGUAAAAAGGGAGAAGUCAUUCAUAGGCUUCGAGGUCACGAUGAUGAAAUCCACUCCAUAGCCUGGUGUCCUCUAUUUGGUGAAGACUGCUUAUCCAUAAACCAAGAGGAAAACUCUGAAGAACCUGACAUUCCCAAUGGGAAACUUAUAGCAGAAACCCCCAUCACAAAAGGCUGCUACUUAGCCACAGGAAGCAAGGAUCAGACCAUUCGAAUCUGGAGCUGUUCCCGAGGUCGGGGUAUAAUGGUUUUGAAAUUGCCCUUUCUGAAAAGAAGAGGAGGGGGUGUGGACCCAACAGUUAAAGAACGUCUUUGGUUGACACUUCAUUGGCCCAAGAACCAGCCAACACAGCUGGUAUCCAGUUGUUUUGGAGGCGAGCUGCUGCUGUGGGACCUUACCCAGUCAUGGAGACGGAAGUACACACUCUUCAGCACCUCAGCAGAAGGACAGAAUCACUCCAGAAUCGUGUUUAAUUUGUGUCCUCUGAAGACAGAGGAUGGCAAACAGCUGCUCCUGUCCACGUCCAUGGACAGAGAUGUAAAAUGUUGGGACAUGGCCACCCUGGAGUGCUGUUGGACAUUGCCUUCUCUUGGAGGUUUUGCCUACAGCCUGGCCUUUUCUCCUGUGGAUGUGGGCUGCCUGGCCAUAGGUGUUGGGGAUGGCAUGAUCCGGGUGUGGAAUACACUCUCCAUAAAGAACAAUUAUGAUGUUAAAAACUUCUGGCAAGGUGUUAAGUCCAAGGUUACAGCGCUGUGCUGGCACCCAAACAAGGAGGGCUGCUUGGCGUUCGGAACUGAUGAUGGAAAAGUGGGAUUGUAUGACACCUGUUCCAACAAACCUCCACAGAUUUCGAGCACAUAUCAUAAGAAGACUGUGUAUAGGUUGGCUUGGGGGCCACCAGUACCCCCAAUGUCACUUGGAGGGGAAGGAGACAGGCCUUCCCUCACCUUGUACAGCUGUGGAGGGGAAGGCAUUGUGCUGCAGCAUAACCCAUGGAAACUCAGUGGUGAGGCCUUCGACAUCAAUAAACUCGUGAGGGAUACCAAUUCCAUCAGAUACAAGCUACCUGUGCACACAGAGGUCAGCUGGAAAGGAGAUGGCAAAGUCAUGGCUCUUGGCAAUGAAGAUGGAUCAAUAGAAAUAUUCCAAGUCCCCAACUUGAAACUGCUCUGCACCAUCCAGCAGCACCACAAGCUGGUAAACGCCAUAGUGUGGCACCAUGAGCACGGCAGCCGUCCAGAGCUGAGCUGCCUCAUAGCUUCUGGCUCCAACAAUGCAGUCAUCUAUGUGCACAACCUGAGAACUGUCCUAGAGAGCAAUUCUGAGUCUCCAGUGACCAUCACAGAGCCCUUCCGGACCCUGUCAGGGCACACAGCCAAGGUUACCAGUCUGGCGUGGAGCCCUCAUCAUGAUGGAAGGCUGGUAUCUGCUUGCUAUGAUGGCACAGCUCAGGUGUGGGAUGCCCUUCGGGAAGAGCCUUUGUUCAAUUUCCGAGGACAUCGAGGCCGACUGCUAUGUGUGGUGUGGUCCCCAGUGGACCCAGAAUGCAUCUACUCAGGUGCAGAUGACUUCUGUGUAUACAGGUGGCUGACUUCCAUGCAAGACCAUUCCCGGCCUCCUCAAGGGAAAAAAUGUAUUGAACUAGAGAAGAAACGGCUCUCUCAACCUAAGCCAAAACUUAAAAAGAAGAAAAAACCCGCCUUGCGCCUACCUGUAAAGCAAGAUUCAUCCAUUGGCAAUGAAGAUGAAAGUUCAAGGGAGAACUCGGGACCCAUUGAGAACGGUGUGUCAGACCAGGAUGGUGAGGAGGAAGCCCAAGAGCUAGAGCUGCCACCGUCUCCAGUGGUUGCUGGUGAAGCCGUUUCCUGCACUGCCGUUUCCAUAGGUUUUGACAAGUCAAAAGUCAUAGUUAGUAACAAAGUCACCUCACUGAAAAAGGAGCCACCCAAAGAGAAGCCAGACGCCUUGCUUAAGAAGAGAAAGGCUCGCUCCAUGCUCCCCCUGAGCACAAGCUUAGACCACAGGUCCAAAGAGGAGCUCCAUCGGGACUGUUUGGUACUAGCAACUGCAACACAUGCCAAAGCAGAACUAAAGGAAGAUGUGUCUGCUGACCUUGAGGAACGGUUCCACUUGGGCCUUUUCACAGACAGGGCUACUCUGUACAGGAUGAUGGAAACAGAAGGGAAAGGUCACUUGGAAAGCGGCCACCCUGAGCUUUUUCACCAGCUCAUGCUCUGGAAAGGCGAUUUGAAAGGUGUCCUCAAGGGGGCAGCAGAGAGAGGAGAGCUCACAGACAGCCUCGUGGCUGUGGCACCAGUAGCUGGCUAUAGUGUGUGGCUGUGGGCCGUGGAAGCCUUUGCCAAGCAGCUGUGUUUCCAGGAUCAGUAUGUCAAGGCAGCCUCUUACCUGCUCUCCAUCCACAAAGUGUAUGAAGCUGUGGAACUUCUCAAGUCAAACCAUUUCUACAGAGAAGCUAUUGCAGUUGCCAAGGCUCGGCUUCGCCCUGAAGACCCUGUUCUGAAGGACCUGUACCUGAGCUGGGGGUCCAUCCUGGAGAAAGAUGGCCACUACGCUAUCGCAGCCAAGUGCUACUUAGGAGCCACUUCCGCCUAUGAUGCAGCCAAAGUUCUGGCCAGAAAAGGAGAUGCAGCCUCACUCAGAACAGCUGCAGAGCUGGCUUCCAUAGCAGGAGAAAGUGAGCUGGCUGCUUCCCUGGCUCUCAGGUGUGCCCAGGAGCUGCUUCUGGCGAAGAACUGGGUGGGCGCACAGGAAGCCUUGGGUCUGCAUGAAAGCUUGCAGGGUCAGAGACUGGUCUUCUGCCUCCUUGAGCUUCUGUGCCGGCACUUGGAGGAAAAACAGCCUCCCGAGGUCAGAAGCCCCUCCUCCGUUUACCACCAGUGGGCCACAGGCUCUGAAGGGACCUUGGUGCAGAGAGUGACUGAUGUGUGGCGCAGCACCUUCAGUGUGGACACCCCAGAGCAGUGUCGGGCCGCCUUGCAGAAGCUGCAGGAUGUCAAGUAUCCAUCUGCAACAAGUAACACUCCCUUCAGACAGCUGCUGCUUCAUGUCUGCCAUGACCUGACCCUGGCAAUGCUGAGCCAGCAGGCUGCCUCCUGGGAGGAGGCUGUACCGGCACUGCUGCAGGCUGUACUUCAGAGCUACACCUCAGGGAACUUCACCCUCAUGCAGGAAAUCUACUCAGCCUUUCUCCCAGGUGGCUGUGAUCACCUACGAGACAAACUGGGUGACCUAUCUCUUGCCACUGCAGCUUUCAAAAGCUUGGAGGCCUUUUUUAUUUACGGGCAACUAUAUGAAGUAUGGUGGUCACUCUGUGGUACUGUCCCUGAAUCCAGCGUCUGGGUGAAAAACACAGUCUCUGCAGAGCAGAGGGAGCCAGAGGACAGAGCCAGUGCCAAGGACACAGAGCCUGAGGCUAUUGCUGAGCCACAGGCAAGCCAGGCUCCAGCCCCAGGCCUCAGGCUCAGUGCAGAGAGUGAACAUUUACUUAGUGCCUGCAGAGAGCUAUUCUCAGAAAGGCACGCCAGCCUCCAGACCUCCCAGAGGACUGUUGCUGAAGUCCAAGAGACACUGGCAGAAAUGAUCCGCCAGCACCAAAAGACUCAGCUCUGCAAGGCCACAGCCAAUGGCUCCAACAGAGAUGACCCCAGCCAGGAAGCAGAGCAGGCACCUUCUCAACCUGAGAGCCUAAGCAGAGAAGAAAGAAAGGCACCAGCCUCUCUCCCUGAAUUAACCAGAAGACUCACAGAGGCAAAUGAGAAAAUAGCUGAGUUUCCAGAGAGUGUAAAGGCCUGGCCCUUUCCAGAUGUGCUGGAGUGCUGCCUCGUCUUGCUUCACAUCGGGUCACAGUGUCCUGGUGCUGUGAACCCUGAGAUGCAGCAACAGGCCCAGGAGCUCCUUCAGAAGUAUGGCCACACUAGAGCUUACAGAAGACACUGCCAGACCCUGCACACAUGAACUACCAGAGGCCAUAAAGCUGUGUCGCACAACUUGUGACAGCUUUCUUCUCAGUCACAGUUCACCAAGCCUUCACACCCUGAUCUUCAAUGGAAUGAUGCUGUGGUCCAACUGACGGCUGAGGGUGAUGUUCGAGUCCACUCACAAUGGAGCCUGCCUGGUCCCUCCCAAGUGGUUUCCUGUAAUGGAGUGAAAAGCCAGCAGAGUCACUCCCAACCAGCCCUCACCAAGACUGUCGUCUCAAGCCUUACGAGGUGUCCCCAAAGAGAAGCCUUUGUGUUCACCCAAAGUCUGUCUGUCCCAGAUGCAGCUGCCUUUAUAAACCCUCACCUCGGAAGGGUCUCCUUCUGUUGGAGCUGCACUUGACAUGCUUAUCACUGUUGGGGAGAGGGGGCUUCUUAAUUAUUUGUUAGCUGGGCCUUCUCACCUCUCAAAGACUAAAGGAAUUAGCCUUGCCCAUCCUGUUGACAAUCUCAUUCGGUCAACAGUGAUUUUAUUUUUUAUGGAGUUGCUUAUAGGGACAAAUGGCUAAAGCUUUCUGAAAACAG